AAUGCUUUGCUCUACUUCGUAGACAGAUGCAUACUAUUUGUUUGUUAGAGUCACUCAUUAAAUAUUGAAUUUUGCUAUGAGCUGAGGAUUCACAAAGAAACAGAUUACGUGUGUCAUGUCCAUGCCUUUGUCUUACGAAUAAGAAGAUAUCAGCAUAAUCCAUUAAAAAUCGUGAAAUGAGACAUGAAACUUCAGAAUCCGUGGAAAGCAGGCAGAUAAAAAAUGCACAUCUCUAAGUUUUACAUUUCUGCAGUCCUCCUAGUAACAGUGGUAGGGAGCAUGUUGGCUGUAUACAGAGUGUUUGAACAUUUAUGGAUCAUUGACUUGAACAGAACAGAAAUAACAACAACAGGUUAUUCUUCUUCUUACGACUCAACAAUACAUAGUGCAAUUUCCAGUAAUAUUUCAGAUGAGGCCAUUGAAGAUGAUGAUUAUGAAUUUCAAAUAUGGGAGAAAUUUAAGGAAAAAUCAUAUUUUUUUGGAAAUUUGAGAAAACGUGGAUGGGAAUUAUCUGAAGAAUUUUGCCAGAAGAGAAAUGCAGCUCUUCUUAUAAUUGAUGAAAAAGAUGAAUUGGAUUUCAUAUCAAGCAAGGCCAUUAGAACUGCAUGGGUUGGACUUCGACAAGAAUCUUACAAAAAAUGGUUUUGGACUAAUGGAGCUAUACUGAAUGAAAACCUCUUUCCUGAAGGAGUUAUACAAGAGAAGGACAAGAAUGAAUGUGCCAAUGUGAUGCACAAUAAAUUAUUUGCUGCACCUUGUAAAUCUGCCAAUAUAUGGAUUUGUGAAAGAAAUGAUGUUUAUCAGUAAUAUUCCAUCUAAAGGAAAGGAAAUAUCAUGAUUUCUUUUAAAGAUAUUAUCUUUUUCUUUUUUGUUAAAGUAAGUUUUAAUUAGCAAUGCAAUUUAGCAAACAUGUGGCUUUAUUUGCACAUUACAGUUACAUCAAUGUUAUUAGUAAUCUGUUUUUAACAUCUUUAACUAGUUUAUAUGAUUUGAUAAAGAUGAAGGUAAAAUUUCUAUUGAAGCUAAAAUUUGAAUUCAUGAUAGGUUGUCGAGCAUAUGUUAAUAUUAAUCAACUUUGCUUUUUCUCAGACUUUAUGUGUAUUAAAACAUGAUUAAAUAAUUGGAUUAUAGCUAGAGCAGUGGGUAGUGUUGUCAUCUCAUUGCACAUUGACUGUGAUGGCCUCUUCUGUGAUGUGUGCAUGUUCUCUUGGUUUUAACUUAGGGCUUUCAUCAUGGACUCUAUAUAACAUUGCAUUCAUUUACAACGUAAGCAACCGAAGUGAGUGUUCUCUCAUCCCAUCCAGGGCUAUUUCCUGGUUUGUGAUAGUACUUAUUUAAGAUUUUUCUGAAAAUGGGAAGAUGACUGUUUUAUGCUUUAAUCCCUUAGUGUUUAAUGCAUGUAUGGAGUUAUUCCUGUUGCGGAAACUUCUACUUGAUCUCAAAGCCAAGGAUAGUCUCAAGUGUGAAAAUGUAUUAAUGCAUUGUACAAACUUGCCUCACCUAAUUGGACUUUGCUGUUUUUCUGCACACUUACAAAAAAGAACACCCCCAGAAAGAAAGUUAUGGAGAUGUGUUGAGUGAAAAUUUAGUGAUUUUUACAUUUCACCACUGUACCUUUGUUCUGUGUAGAAAAUCUUAAAUUCUGUUAACGUUGUGCUAAACCUGGUUUCAUAUCCUUUAUUGUUAAAGAAUGUUGCUCUGAUUUAAAGAAUAUUAAAAAGUAAACAACCAGACUUAAAAUUAUGAAUUCCCUUUGUCCAUAAACAUUUUUCAAAGUAAAAAAGGAUUAUGAAAUGUUACAUUUUGUGUUAACUGUUCAUUAAAAGUUAUAGCUAAGACAUUAUGUUCCCAUUUCUUGUCUGCUCAUAAUUGAAAUGCAGUGUGAUGUACUUUGCCAUUGCUGAGGAUGAAACUACAGUAUCUAAAGUCAAUGUAAUCUACAUUAUUAUUAUUUUACAUUAGAAUGGCCUAUAAAGUAUUUUGAAUACAAUUGAAGACAUUUAAGACAAUUGUUAGCAUUCACAUCUUGGUGAUCAUAACCAAGUUGUUGAUUUAAUAACACACAUUUAGAGAAUCUAAACUUAUUAAUUCAUUUUUAUUUCUUUCAAUUACAGGAUGACAAUAUUCAGUGUUGUACCUUUUAAAAAAAAUGAGUAUAGAAACAAAUUAAACAUGAUAGACUUUAGUUUUUUUGGAAACUUCCUGCCUUAAUUUGGAUGGAAAAAAAGUAAGCUGCCAAAUUGGUACUCCAGAGCCAAACAUGGAAAUCACACUUACAAGGUGAAACUGACCUUUAGAACAAUGACUUCACUAAGAAUAAAACAAUUAAUCUAAGUCAUUUUCAAUUUACCAAAUUAAUAGUUAUCUUGUCAUGCCCAGGUCUCAGAAGCAUAGCUAUCUCCAAUUACAUGAUGGUGAUCAGUAUUUGGCUUCAUCUACAAUUGUAUUAAAUAUAAUUGUAAUACAUACAAUUUUUUCAGAUUUAAAAGACAUAGUUGCUGAGGAUAUGCAUGCUUUAUUUUAAUAACAGGAUAUACCCUCACAAAAUGUAACCCUACCUGUUUUAAAAACAUUUAAGGUUAAUCUGUUAAAUUUCUGCUCAAGGUUUACUAAAUCAGCACUAUUGUUUUUUUAGUAUUACAAGAAUUUACCCCAGUAAUUAAUUGAAAUAAUUAAUUGA